UCGUCGUCAUCAUCAUCAGACCUUGAGCAGAGCAAAGCAAAGCAAAGCGGUCAAUGAUCGCAGCUUCAAUGGCUGCUCAACUGAUCUCCUCCUCCUCCAAAACCCUAACCCUAAUUUCUCCUCCUCCUCUUUCUUCUUCUUCUUCCCUUGCUCGCCCUUUCCGCUCCUCUUUCUCCUUCGGCAAGCCCCUCAAUUUCUCCGCUUCCAAUCUCUCCAUCGCCGCCGCCGCCGCCGCUUCAAAACCCUUGACCGUCGUCGCCGCCUCUAAGAAGGCCGUUGCCGUACUCAAGGGAAACUCCGAGGUCGAGGGCGUCGUCACUCUCCUUCAAGAAGACGAUGGUCCGACAACAGUGAAAGUUCGUGUUACUGGACUUACACCAGGACUUCAUGGGUUCCAUCUUCAUGAGUUUGGUGAUACCACCAAUGGCUGCAUAUCUACAGGGCCGCAUUUCAACCCAAAUGGGAUGACACAUGGUGCUCCUGAAGAUGAAAUCCGUCAUGCGGGUGACCUGGGGAACAUUGUUGCAAAUGCUGAUGGAGUGGCCGAGACAACAAUUGUGGAUAAGCAGGUUCCAUUGGCUGGCCCUAAUGCAGUCAUUGGAAGAGCAUUUGUAGUUCAUGAGCUUGAGGAUGACCUGGGGAAAGGAGGACAUGAGCUUAGCCUUAGCACUGGGAACGCAGGGGGAAGAUUAGCAUGUGGUGUUGUUGGAUUGACUCCAGUUGAAUGAUCUCUCGCAGUGAAACACUGAAUUGUUCUCGCUCUUCUCACUGCUUUGCUCUGAGAGGAACUUUUUAUGUUGCUAUUACCUUUGUUGUUCAUGUGUAGGGUUUUGCUUCAUCUACUCCGUAGUAAUUUGAGAUAUAGUGGUACCAUGGGCCAUUUUGAUAUUUGAGAAGAGUUUCACGUAACAAUACAUGUACUUGACUUGAAUAAAGAGUAAUAUCAGUAUCAUAUUUGGACCUUGAGCAUU